UUCAGACUGAACUGAGAGGACAGGGAGUUCAUUUGGUCAAACUUGAAACCAGAGGAAAAAGAGAGUCGCCAAUGGCGGGGGAAUCUGAAGCUGCUCGGCAUCCCUACGCACCCACAGAUCUGGAACUCCCCGGAUAUGUUCCUAUUUCACUACCCCUCACUACUAUUCUCGGCGUUUAUGUCCUCUCUUCUCUCUUUAUCACUUUGCUGCUCUGGACUCUUUCCGGACGACUUCCCAAAAAAACAAAGAUUGAGAGGCUGCUCAUGUGCUGGUGGAUAUUUACGGGCCUUACCCACAUUGUUCUCGAGGGUUACUUUGUUUUCUCUCCAGAAUUUUACAAGGACGGUUCUUACCUUGCUGAAGUUUGGAAAGAAUACAGCAAGGGAGAUUCUCGAUACGCAACUCGGGACUCUGCGAUUGUCAGUCUUGAAGGACUGACUGCUGUUUUAGAGGGUCCAGCUUGCAUCUUAGCAGUGUAUGCAAUAGCUACAGACAAGUCGUACAGUUAUGUACUGCAGUUCGCCAUAUCAUUGGGACAGCUAUAUGGAACUUUCAUGUACUACAUAACUGCUCUGUUGGACGGUGAUAAUUUUUCUUCAUCCCCAAUUUAUUACUAUUUAUACUACGUAUUGUUAAAUUCCUUCUGGAUUCUUAUUCCUUCGCUUAUUGCUAUCCGGUGUUGGAAGAAAAUUUGUAUUGCUAUGAGCAGUGAAAGCCACAAGAAAACCAAAGUUCCCUAAGAAGUGAUCCAUAUUAUGACGUCUACCCCUUUGGAUUCAUGGAAAAUAAUAGAUUAGAUAGUACACAAGAUUCUUGUUGUAUUGUAAUCUAAGUUAUUGUCGUGUGACAUUCAGAAUACGAGACACUCGUGGAAUUUGAACAUUUACACGAAGUUUGGGUUUGUUGAUUCUGCCUUUUUUGGGUGUUAAAUUAACGAUGUCGAUUCGAAUUUGUUGUUGGUUAUUUCAUCAACUUUUUAGC